AUGCUGAACAAUCUGUUGGAGAGUAAAGAGCGUCUAGAGGUUCGGAUUGUCCUUGACGGUAUUGAUGAGUUAUAUCCAGAGGACUUGGGUCGGUUUCUGAGUAAUCUUCGUGAAGUAUGGAAGAACGUCGAAGGGAAACUCAACAUAACAUCAAAACUCAAAGUCUUGAUAGUCAGUCGGCCCCUUCCCAACAUUUCGGAGAUCUUGAAAGACUUGCCAUUCAUCAAUCCCGAGAAGGAAUCAACAGAUUGUUUGAAUUCUCUGUCAUCGAUGGCUGAUAACCAGCGCCGCGAAAUCAUCUCACUAGGAAGUAAGAAAACAGGAGCUUGGCUUUGGGAGGACGAUGCAUAUAAACUCUGGAGCAAGGAGACAAAGUCGGCAUUGCUCUGGAUACAAGGCAAACCUGGCAGUGGAAAAUCGACCCUGUGCAAAAAGAUUCUCAAACAUUUACAGACUCAACACGACCUUCCAGACACUUACGCUACACCUAACAAAGCUACCUUUCACAACAUUGCUCCACAGCCAAGGCACCGCUCUGUCGUCCUCGCCAGCUUCUUCUAUAGUCUCAGAGGAGCCAAAUCUGAGAUCAGCAAUACUCAUAUGCUUCAAUCGCUUCUACACCAGCUUUUAGGCCAGGAGCAAAGACUUUACCCAGCCUUCAGAACUAGAUAUCGAAACUUGCUGGAUCGUUCUCAGAGUCCAAUCUCGUGGACAUUCAAAGACCUUCACAGUGUCUUCACAUCACUGGGUGAAUUUGACGAUUUUCCCCUUACGAUCUACCUCAUCAUCGACGCAAUGGACGAGUCAGAGCAGUCAGAAAGAUCCGAUAUAUUGUUAUUAUUGAAAAAGUUUUGCCGGAAUGAAUCAGCUUGUGUUAUCAAAUGUGUUCUUGCAAGUCGACCCGAAGAGGACAUCAAAAAUAGCUUCUAUGAUAUACAAAAAUCUCAGGACUUUUUCCACCUAGUGCUCGAGAGAAAAAACGAAGAAGACAUCAAAAAGUUUAUCGAAAUAGCAAUGUACAAAGUGCAAGACGCGUACCUAGCUGAACGGUUCAAACUCACGGCUGAGUUUGAAGAUAUGGCCACAUAUGCAACUGCCAACCUCAUGAGCAGGGCAAGAGGAGUUUUUAUGUGGGUAGAAAUUGUAACAAGAGAACUGGAGCGGGCAGUACGCCGCGGCGUUUCCCCAAGAAAAUUCAAAGAGAUAGUGGACAAACUCCCCAACGAGCUGGAGCCUUUCUAUGAGCGCAUUGUCCAAGAUUUGAUGGCUAGAUUCAAAAGACAAAGACCAAAAGAGGCGAAAUCACGACUUCGAGAAGCGCAGCGGAUGCUGACGUGGGUGACAUUUGCUGAGCGCCCACUACACAUCAGAGAGUUUCGCGAUGCAGUUGCAACACCAGAAUUGGUGGGAGAGAGUUCGUUCAUCAACCUACAGGAUGAUCGCGUCGAUGACAUUGCUGUGCGACAAAGAAUGAGUUACAAUUGUGGAGAUCUCUUAGAGAUUGGAUCAUCACAGGAUUCCGUCGAUUUCUCUCUGGCUCACAUUACGAACGAUAUCGUCCAGCUUCUACAUCUAACUGUCCGAGAAUUCUUGACCAGUGACCCCAGAGCAGGGAAGUUCCUCAUGAAGAAAAAUCUGGGAGAAUAUGAGAUUUUCCUUAAUUGCAUCUCGUAUCUUCGUCUAUUCACGGAGAACUGCCCUGCGACUAAUGGAAAUGGUCCAAAUUACAAGGAAAUGGUUUGCUACCUUGCAAAUUGGCCUCUGCUUUCGUAUAUAUUAGAAUUUCUGCCCCAACACAUGCGAAAUUCGGACAAUCGCGACCAGAUUUCUAACGUCAUAUCCAAAUUCGCUGACUUCAUUUUACAUCAAGAAGGCAGUUCUGCCUUUCUUAUUCUGGAAGCAUGGUUGCAUAAAGCUGGGCUUUGUACGCAUUCCCACUCCGCGUCGGAACCAGCGACGAGUUUUAGGUUCGACUGUAUGGAUAUUGCGGCAGCCGAAGGGAGUAUGAAUGUUGUGACCACACUGCUCGAAGCAGAGACAGCAGCCACAACUGACGACAAAUACGGCAAUUUGCUGUACAAUGCUUCUCGCCGUGGCAUUUAUUCCCUGACUCGUUUACUAUUACAGAAGGGAGUGGACCCUAGCAGUACGGGAGAAGACGGCAAUACUGCACUUCAAGCAGCGUCGGCGCACGGCCACAGAGUGACUUUGCAAUUACUUGCCGAUUAUGGAGCGGAUGUCAACGCACAAGGAGUAAACGGAAGCGCUCUUUACGCUGCUGUAAAGAACGGCUCUGUGGAUAUUGUUGAAUUACUUCUCAGAGCUGGAGCGGAUGUCAAUGCACAAGAAGCAAAUGGAAGCGCUCUUUACGCUGCUGCAGAGAACGGCUUUCAGGAGAUUGUUGAAAUACUUCUUAAAUUUAGAGCGGAUGUUAACGCACAAGAAGUAAACGGCAGCGCUCUUUACGCUGCCUUAAAGAACGGCUCUGUGGAUAUUGUUAAAUUACUUCUUGACCAUGGGGCAGACGUUAAUGCACAAGGAAGCGGAUAG